AUGCGCCAGCAUCCGGCGUUCGUUUGUGCUCAAUGCACCAGGCUGACUCGUUCUAUUCGGUGGAAUGUCUCUCCUUUCUCAUUGCCCUCCACGAAGCGCCUAAACAGCCAUGCCACUCAGACCGGUCGACUGUUUCGCGUCGCGAUCGUGGGCUCUGGGCCAGCAGGGUUCUACGCUGCCUCCCAUCUGUUAGCCAAACAACAGGAUGCAGUGGUGGAUAUGUAUGAGAAGCUCCCCGUCCCGUUUGGCUUGGUCCGAUAUGGCGUUGCCCCGGACCAUCCCGAGGUGAAGAAUUGCGAAGAAAAAUUUACGGAAGUAGCAACAUCUUCUCGCUUCAAUUUUGUCGGCAACAUCGCCCUCGGGCACGAUCUGCCGCUUGCCGCGCUCAAGCCCCACUACGACGCCAUCCUUUUCGCGUACGGGGCUGCCAGGGAUAAAGGCCUUGGGAUUCCUGGUGAGGAACCGCGCCGCAAUGUAUACUCGGCGCGCGCCUUUGUAGGAUGGUACAAUGGCCUUCCCGAUCACCGGGAUCUCGAGCCAGACCUGACGAGCGGGGAAGAUGCGGUGAUCAUCGGGCACGGAAACGUAGCACUAGAUGUCGCUCGCAUUCUUCUGUCGGACGUCGAUGCUCUCCGGAAAACAGAUAUUUCCGAUUAUGCUCUGGCAGCGCUUGCCCAAAGCCGGAUCAAGCGGGUGCGAGUGGUUGGGCGUCGCGGACCGCUACAGGCUUCAUUUACCAUCAAAGAAGUUCGCGAGUUGCUGCAGCUGCCAUCUGUCUCGUUUGAGCCCAUUCCGAAAGAAUUAUUUCCACCAGAAGAGACCAUCUCUGCUCUGCCGAGGGCGCAAAAGCGGUUGAUUCAGCUUUUGGCCAAAGGAUCGACCAACAACCCCGAGACAUCCAGCAAGUCAUGGAGUCUCCAAUUUUGCCUUUCGCCCUCCUCUUUUGAGAUGACCCCUGAUGCUUCUCAAGUCGCUCGUGUCCAAUUUGACCGCAACUACAUUGAACCCGCCAACCCUUACAGCCGUAGCUCCAAAGCUAUCCCCGAAUAUACUGAAAGUGGACAGCCCGCACGGACUAAUCUUCCCGCUAGCAUUGUUUUUCGGAGCGUUGGCUACCGGUCGCUUCCUCUUCCCAAUAUUCAGGAUCUCGGCAUCGAAUUCGAUGAGCUCCGCGGUGUGAUUCCCAAUGAUGGAGUUGGCCGCGUCACAACUCUCUCUGGGUCUGUGAAUCCCCAGAACUUUUCUGCCGGCUCGCCAGCCUCACACCUACCUGGGUUGUACUGUGCCGGCUGGGUCAAAACCGGUCCAACGGGAGUCAUCGCCUCGACCAUGGCUGAUGCCUUUACCACCGCUGAUGCUAUUUACCGGUCUGGGCUGGGAGGGGUGAAGCCCGAGGCCGAGCGCCUCGGCCUCCGUCGCACGUCCUGGCAAGACUGGCAGCGCAUCGACGAGAAGGAACGGGCCUUGGGUAAAGAAACGGGAAGGCCUCGAGCCAAAUUGGGGCGUGUCUCGGCGAUGCUGGAGGCACUUGAUUGA